GUAUUAUUUUAGUGAAUAACAUACAGGAUAUUUUUCCUUAAUAGCUCAAUAAAAUUUUGGCACGUCUCAUAAUUAUCAUCAGCCGAAGAGGCUUCGGGUUCUCUCCAUCCUAGGGUUUGUACGCGUCACUUUUUCGAUCAUCAUUUCCCAGUGUAACUAUAAAUUCCGCAUUCUUCUUGGCGACUAACAAUAACCAUUUCUCCAAUUCUUCCCCUACAACCCCUCGCAAUCUUCUCACUUUCUCACUUGAAACUCCGAAGAGAUGGCUGUCAUUACUUUCUCUGAUCUUCACACCGAGGCUGGCCUCAGAUUCCUCGAAUCCUUCCUCUCCGGGAAGACAUACAUCUCCGGGAAUCAAAUUACAAAGGAUGAUGUGAAGGUUUACGCUGCUGUUUUGGAAAAACCCAAUGCAGAUCUCUAUCCCUCUGCCAGCAAGUGGUACGACUGCGUUGCUUCGAAACUUGCAACAAGUUUCCCUGGUAAAGCAGCUGGGGUGAGAAUUUCUGCCCAAGCUCCAUCAGCAGAAGCUGCUCUUGUCAAUGGAGCUGUCAAUGGAGUUACCAAUGGAGUUGCCAAGGAAGAUGCUGCUGACGAGGACGAUGACCUGGAUCUCUUUGGUGACGAGACAGAGGAGGAAAAGAAGGCAGCUGAAGCACGUGAUCAAGCAAAAGCAUCAACAAAGAAGAAAGAAAGUGGCAAAUCAUCUGUUCUUAUGGAUGUAAAGCCAUGGGAUGAUGAGACAGACAUGAAGAAGCUUGAGGAAGCUGUUCGCAGUGUUGAAAUGGAAGGACUUUUGUGGGGUGCAUCAAAACUUGUACCAGUUGGGUAUGGGAUCAAGAAGCUGACGAUUAUGAUGACGAUUGUGGAUGAUCUUGUUUCGGUGGAUACUCUGAUAGAGGAGCGGCUUACAGUGGAGCCCAUCAAUGAGUAUGUGCAGAGUUGUGACAUUGUUGCCUUCAACAAAAUCUAAAAUUUUGCAUGCUAUCAUUUGAUUUGCAACAAUUUUUGCUUCAAUUACUUUUUGGGGGUUUUAAUUUCAUUAAUUACUUUGGAUUUGGUUUUU